CCAGAUGUUUGCUCACCAGCCUGAGGCUAAGAAAGUUUUCCCAGGGUUUCAUUUGUUGAAUGGCUUUCUGUAGAUCUAGAUUCUGACUAAAUAAGAUUGGUUUAGGCAGAAAACACUUCACCUUCUUUCACAGUAAUGACACUAUCCAGCCGGCGGCGGCGGAUCUGCAGUAUGUUCCUGGAUGAGAAUGAAAACUGUCUGAAUAAAUGUGACCUGCUGAACUUCAGCCAUGAUCCCGGUUCAUGCAAUUGUAAUUCACUAAUAUCCCUCAUACAUUUUCUCAUGUGUGAAGUAGGUGACUUCACAGUUCAGAGACUUGAGACAGGUAUAAUUCAAUUUUAGUAGGAACAUCAUAGAAACUUUUCUGUUUCAAAAAGUCACGGACACAUGGAAUAAAAUUAACCAGUGAAUCAAUUACAUGCUGUAUUUAUUUCAAAAUGCUGAAACUGAGCAAUAAAUCUAUUUAGAUUUUGUUUUCAGAGCUGUGGUGCCAGUGCUUUCUUCUUACCAACAUGAUAAAAAGUGUUUAACUGAAGGCAUGUUGCUGUUUAGAAAGCAAAGUGUGUUCAAUGGCUGACAGGCCACUUUAGGUCUUUGAUUACGGAGCUGUGUCUGAUUUGAUGUUGUUUUACUAAAAUCAGUGAAUCAAUCUCUCAAGAAUACAUCACAUAGAUGACAAAUAUUCAACUUUAUGGAGCCUCACGCCUAUGCGAAUUACUCACGCCACAAACUUAAUUCACACAACAAAUAUGUGUGUCAAUAACUGUUUCGUCUUUCGUAUUGCUCCACACAGAAUAAAUGCUUUUAUGGCUUUUUUUAAUCGUAGUGAUUUUCCAUUGUGAAACACUGAUGACUUAAUCUUUGCUAUGUAAUUAAAAGUUGCUCAACUCAACUUUAGUCAACUUUCGUUAGGCCUUUCAUCAUGUUUAGGGUUUUACUAAAAACCUAAAACCAUAUAGCGCAAGAGAAACUAUUAUACAGACAGGCGCAGAGUUUCAGUCUGUGGUUAAAAGCCAAGGGGUGAAAACAGGUUUUAAGAUUGUUUUGUCAUCAUCCGUUAACAUCAUUCACUGUUUUGUUUAUGAUAAGAAAUGUUGAAUAAAUAACUUUUUCUUAACGAAUUUCUCUGUUGGUCCAUGUCUUCACCAUACAGUGCUGUAGUUAUUGUUCUACACAUAAUUACAACUCCUAUUAUAACAUCAGCUUUGCUCAGAACCCUAAAAUAACUUUGUUUAAUCAAUUUAACGUUUAGCAAACAUUUGAUACAGCAGGAACUUUAAGUUAAAUCCCCCGAUUCCAACUGUAUCACAUAUAUCAUAGUCCAUAAUACCCACAUCAAACUGUUUUAAUUUAUCAUUUACACAAAUGAUAGUGUGAUGGUAGUCUUUAGACCGAGUAUUAAGACUGGAAAUCCCGUGAAACCUCAUAUGUGGUGUAUUUUAGAUCGCCGAAAGGCAUAUUGUCCCAGCGGGCUCUGGAAGGUGACUUCAGUCACAUAAAUGAGUUGCAGGAGGGUGAAAAUGACGAUGAAGAUAAAUACUACACCCUCAGUGCAGAGCUGCAUCAAGAGAACUUUGAUGGGAGCAAUGAGGAAGAAAAUCCAUUCACACACACGAAACAAGCAAAGUGGGACCAAGUUAAGCUUAUUUUCACAUGACAUGAGCCAACCUGGAAGUCAGGCAUUUUCCCCUCGCCACUCGUUUAGCCCUGGGCCUGGUGUAUCAGGCAUGAUGGGGAAUGAUCACGCCGGGUGAGCGGACUCAAAACAUUGAGACUGCAAAUGUACAUCCUCUGAGUUCUGUCAAACAUAGUUCGGAGUGUGACUAUGUUUUCGACCAAACACGUGCUGUGAGGCUGUGCCAGAAACCAACGUGCCGAUUUGAUUUCUACAUCCUGUCCACUCUGAUUAUGUCUGUGACUCAGGAUAGUUACUCUCCAGGCCAAAGGUGUUAAUCACUCCAGGACUUGCUGAUUGUACUCUGACUUUGUGGUUUUCGCUAUAAAAGAGGAGCGCUUGUCAAAUCUGCCAUCAUUUAUGCUGCUUUUCAUCCUGAUGCUUCACUUCCAUCUGGGUUUAAGUUGAUCUUCGUACAACCAAUAAACUUACUCUUCUUCACUGGUGGAAAGAUGGGGAAAGGCUUCUACGUCAGCAAAGCUGUGGCGCUUUUCCUCUUGGUUACGGCCGUCGCAGCCUUGGCCACCAUCAUCGCCCUCUCUGUAGUUUACUCACAGGAGAGAGCCAAGACCCUGGAGGACCCGGCAUCCACGUCCACCGCCAGGCCGAGCACCACCACUGAAAGCACACCGUCCACCCCGAAGGAGCCCUGGCAUCUCUACAGACUCCCAGACUCCCUCUCCCCCUCCACCUACAAUGUGUCCCUGCAUCCCCGGCUGACGCCCAACGAGGACUCGGGCCUGUACAUCUUCACCGGCCAGUCCUCUGUGGAAUUCACCUGCCUGAAGGAGACCGACCUCAUCCUCAUCCACUCCAACAAGCUCAACCUCACCCUGUUCGACGGCUUCCACGCCAAGCUGACCGGGCUCAACGGAGCCGUCGCUCCCACCAUGAAGAACACCUUCCUGGAGGUUCCCACCCAGUACCUGGUCAUCCAGCUCAACGCGCCCCUGAAGGCCGGCAGCACCUAUCGACUCGACACCGAGUUUGUGGGAGAGCUGGCCGACGACCUCGGAGGUUUUUACAGGAGUGAAUACGUUGAAGAUGGGGUGAAAAAAGUUGUUGCCACCACUCAGAUGCAGCCGACAGAUGCCAGGAAGGCCUUCCCCUGCUUCGAUGAGCCGGCCAUGAAAGCUGUCUUCCACAUGACCCUCAUUCACCCUGUCGGUACCGUGGCACUGUCCAACGGCAUGAACUAUGAGUCGAUCAGCGUCACUGUAGAUGGAGAGAGUCUACUGGAGACCAGUUUUGAACCCACAAAGAUCAUGUCCACCUACCUGCUGGCUUUUAUUGUGUCUGAGUUUGCUAACAUCAGCUCGACACCGGAUGCAAAAGUUUUGAUCAGGAUCUGGGCUCGCGAGAAGGCCAUAAAGGAGGGCCAGGGGGACUACGCUCUGAACAAGACUGGACCCAUCCUGGCUUUCCUUGAGAAUUACUACAACUCCACAUACCCGCUGAGCAAGUCAGACCAGAUUGCUCUUCCGGACUUCGGCGCUGGGGCCAUGGAGAACUGGGGUCUGAUCACCUACAGGGAGACGUCACUCCUCUACGACCCUGCAGUGUCCUCCAACGGAGACCUGGAGUGGGUGGCAACCGUCAUCUCCCAUGAGCUGGCUCACAUGUGGUUUGGGAACUUGGUGACGAUGAAGUGGUGGAACGACUUGUGGCUCAACGAGGGAUUCGCCACUUAUGUUUCUUAUCUUGGAGCAGACUUGGCAGAGCCAGACUGGAAUAUGAAAGAUUUAAUAGUCCUGAAUGAAAUCACCGGCGUGAUGGGUGUGGACGCGCUGGCCUCCUCCCACCCGCUUUCAUCCAAAGAGGAAGACAUCCAGAGGCCCGAGCAAAUCGGUGAACUGUUUGACGCCAUCACCUACAGCAAGGGCGCCGCGGUCCUCAGGAUGCUCUCUCACUUUAUUACAGAGGAGGUUUUCUCUGAAGGACUCCAUACAUACUUAGAUGAAUUCCAGUACAACACCACGGGCUACAGGGAUCUGUGGAACCACCUGCAAAUGGCAGUGGAUAAAAAUGGCGUGUCUCUGCCCGGCACUCUGGAGGACGUCAUGAACCGAUGGAUCCUCCAGAUGGGAUUCCCAGUGGUCACCAUCAACACCGCCAGUGGAGAAAUCUCCCAGAAUCACUUCCUGCUGAACCCAGACAGUGUGGUGGACAGACCCUCAGAGUUCGACUACCAGUGGUUCGUCCAUGUUACCUGGAUCAAGAACGGCGGAGCGGAGCAGAAGUACUGGCUGACUGAAAAACAAGCUACAAACCCAGACGUGAUCCUCGGUACCAAUGACUGGUUGGUGGCCAACAUCGACAUGGAGGGCUUUUACAGGGUCAACUACGAUUUGCCCAACUGGGAGCGUCUCAUCAAAAAGCUGGACUCCACUCCUCAGGAUAUUCCAGUCAUCAACCGGGCGCAGAUCAUAGACGAUGCUUUCAACCUGGCAAGGGCCAGAAUAAUCGACACAACUCUGGCUCUGAGGACGACCAAGUUUCUGAAUAAGGAAGUGGAGUACAUGCCCUGGGAGACGGCCACACGCAACCUGGACUUCUUCUACCUCAUGUUCGACCGCAGCGAGGUGUACGGACCCAUGCAGGCGUACAUUAGGAAACAGGUCGAACCUCUGUUUGACUAUUUUAAGAACUUGACCCUCAACUGGACACAGAUCCCUAAAAGGCACACUGACCAGUAUAACCAGGUGAACGCCAUCUCCAUGGCCUGCAGCACCGGAGUGGAGGGCUGUAAGGAGCUGGUAACUGGCUGGUUCAAGGAGUGGAUGGACAACCCGACCAACAACAAGAUUGUGCCCAACCUGAAGUCCACCGUGUACUGCAAUGCCAUCGCCUCAGGUGGACAGAAGGAGUGGGACUUUGCCUGGACUAUGUUCCAGACCACCACAGUCGCCUCUGAAGCUGAGAAACUCAGGCGGGCUCUGGCCUGCACCACGCAGCCCUGGCUCCUGAACAGAUAUCUGCAGUACUGCCUGGACCCAAACAAGAUCCGCAAGCAGGAUGCCUCAUCUACUAUUGUUGCCAUUGCGAAUAGCCCCAUUGGUCAACCUCUGGCCUGGGACUUUAUCCGAGCCAACUGGGACAGGAUCUCUAACUACGGCGCUGGAGCAUUUUCCUUUGGAAGUCUAAUUAAUGGAGUGUCCAAACGAUUCUACUCCGAGUUUGACUACAAGCAGCUGCGGCAGUUCAAAGAAGAUAAUGAAGCCCAGCUGGACUGGGUGGCCACAUCUGUAGAUCAGGCACUGGAAAAAACAAGAGCCAACAUAAACUGGGUGGAGAAGAACAAGGAAGACAUUCUGAAGUGGUUCGAGGCCGAAGCGUCAUCUCCGGCUUAGAGAGACCUUUCAGUGUGUACAGUAGCGCCAAAGCUUCAGUUCGGAUGAAAACAAAUGCUAAAUCAGACUGUGUGUAUAUUCUGAAAGGAUUUGAAGAUUUUUUUAAAAAGAAGUUUUAGACAUUUUCAAGAUUAUUUGUUAACUUUGAUAUUGUAUAUUAAAAAUGUUAUUUAACACACAAGAGCAAACUUAAUAAAUUGUGU